CGCGACGAAUUCACAAAUUAUUUACCAAUCGUUUGACAUAAUUUCAUACUUGUCAUUCGAUGGUCUGGAAGCAGAUGCUUGAUGUGAUUGUUCUGUUAUAAUCUAUGACUCUUUGAUACUGAGGAAAAGAGUUUUGAAAGUUUAAGGAACACAGGGAUUUGUCACUUUUUGGAGAAAACAGCGAGUUAUAUUCGACCACCAUGCCGACUUUAGCAGAUACAUCGCGUGCUGCAGAAAUUUUGAAUGGUCUUCAACAGAGGCUGAAGUCCCAGGGAGACACAGAGAAUGAUGAAGAACUUGAAAGGAUCAAACAGAUGCUUGAAAGCCCUCUGUUUAGACAACUCUUGAUGAUUCAGCAAUCAGUUAAAGAACUUAACAAGAAACUCACACAUUCACCACCAGAUUCAGUUAAGGAUUUUGACUUUUCUCCCACAGGAGAGCUUGUAUUUCCACACCAUUCUGUAUCAGACACAGAAGAGGUGGCAGUAAGAAAUGAACCACCAUCCACUGCAGGCGUAUUCAACCAAGAACCCAAUCACUAUGAAACAGUAACAAGAAAUGGUCAUCCAGAGGAUUGGCAGGAUGCAGCAGCGUCAUCAUCAUAUCAUUAUGCAUCUGCCGAAGCUGCUGUUGAUAUAGACUAUGAUGUAACCCUUGACAAUCGAGAUCAAGUCAUGGCUGAGCUUAAGAAAUCCAAAUUUGCCAACAGUGAAGACUUUCAAAAAGGAAUGGAAACACUGGCCCAGGGUCGAGAAAUUGAAACAGUGAAGUUGAUGAAACCAGAUCAGGGUGGUUUGGGUUUCAGUGUUGUGGGACUGAAGAGUGAAAAUCGUGGAGAGUUGGGAAUCUUUAUUCAAGAGAUACAGCCUGAUGGUGUUGCAGGAAGGGAUGGAAGGCUGCAAGAAAGUGACCAGAUUCUUGCGAUAGAUGGCAAACAGCUUGACAGUGGCAUGUCUCAUCAGCAAGCUAUUGGAGUUUUACAGCAAACCAAUGGUGAAGUUGAACUGAUUGUAGCCAGAGGUGGAAUUCCACGCUCAAGGAAUCUAUCGCGAACUACAUCUGGAGCAAGUUCAGCAUUGUCACGCACACCUUCAGAUGUCAGUACUGUUUCGCAUACAUCUGUGACAGUACCUGCUGGGGAUGGAGAAAACCUACGACACAUUGAAACAGUUGAACUUCACAAUGACGGCUCAGGGUUGGGGUUUGGUAUUGUGGGAGGUAGGAGCACAGGGGUUAUUGUGAAGACCAUCCUUCCUAGAGGUGUUGCUGAUAGGGAUGGGCGAUUGCGCAGUGGUGAUCACAUUCUUCAAAUUGGAGAAGUAAAUGUCGGUGGUAUGGGAAGUGAACAGGUUGCCCAGGUGUUACGUAAAGUUGGACAGCAUGUAAAACUUGUUAUUGCCAGACUGGUAACGGAUGACUCUAACAUUGACGCCUCCUCCACAGCAGAGCGUGUACAAUAUGAACAUUAUGAUGCUUUACAGGAAAGCAAAGAUGUGGAAGCAUUUGAUGUUGAACUUGUGAAGGACAGCAGGGGCCUGGGAAUAACUAUAGCUGGAUAUGUCGAGCAGUCAUCAGCGGAAUUGUCAGGAAUUUUUAUUAAAAGUAUUGCAGAAGGGAGUACUGCUGCUGUUGAUGGAAGAUUAAGGAUUAAUGACCAAAUCAUUGAGGUUGAUGACAUUAGUCUGCAUGGCAAAAAUAACCAGCAAGCUGUGGAAAUUCUUAAACAAACUGGACCUGUUGUUCGACUAAAGGUGGCUCGUCAUGUUAAGCAUCGCCUUAGUAGACAACAGACUCCUGUUGAUGAGGCUCAUCCAACUACCUCAUUAAGCGCCCAGUCUAGUGCAAGUCUUGCAGAAUCUUCUGUGACGCGACUUGAUUCAUCUGCUUUUGAAGCAAGGCAUGUUACUGAUCCAGAAAGUAUAAAAGAACAUUACAGCCACUUGGUAGGGGAUGGUGUCGAUGUUCUGGUUGCUGACAUUUCCAAAUUCCAUGAAGGAGGUGGCCUGGGUAUCAGUUUAGAAGGAACACAGAAUCCGCAUGAUGGUUCCCUGCCGUGGCACAGAGUCCAUGCUGUUAGUUUUGAGGGACCGGUGGGUCAGAAUGGAAUUGUCAAACCCGGUGAUCACCUUGUUGAGGUAAAUGGUGUCAGUGUUCUAGAGAUGAACCAUUCUGACGUUGUCGCGCUUAUACAAGGAUUGCCAGUGGAUUUUCGCCUGGUUGUUGCCAGAAAACGAGAGUCGCCAGACGAGGAAGUUAUCGCAGCAAGGACUGGAACUGAGGUGGAGAGUCAACCAGUUGACACUGAAAGAGAAGAUAAUGCUUAUGAACAGAUUGCCAUGACAACUCCUAGUCCUGUGUUGUCAGCCUUGCCUGAUAGCCCCAGUCCUACUGGUCUUAAUGAAUCCGCUAUGUCUCAGUCCAUGUGGUCCGACGAGAUCGAAUACGUGGAACUGGACAAGGAGGACAGAGGACUGGGAUUUAGUAUCUUAGAUUACAAGGACCCAGUUUCACCCGAAAAAACUGUGAUUGUAAUUCGGAGUCUGGUACCUGGAGGCGUGGCUGAACAGGAUGGACGACUGAAGCCAGUUGAUCGACUAAUGUCUGUCAAUGAAACCAAUCUGGAAAAUGCCUCCCUCAGUUAUGCCGUCGAGACACUAAAAGGGGCCCCACAAGGAAAAGUACGAAUAGGUAUAGCUAGGCCAAUACCUGAUGAAGAUGAAGAAUAUGAAGAGACUCCACCAGAAACCGCCAGGUACAUGGGUGAACAAUUACUGGAAACUACCGCACAGAACAAACGAGACAAGCACACUGCUUUAAUGGCUGACAUCGAAGUGGAAAAAGAGAGCGACAAUGAAUUGAGUGACAGCGGAAGUGAACGUUCGUCUAAGUUUGACUUCGGUCCGCCUUUGCUGUUCUCAGGAGAUUCUAUAGAUAUGGACAGUUUACCUGAAAAUAUCAAAUCCAGAGUGGAGACUAUAACCAUUAGAAGGCAGAUGGUUGGAAAAUUGGGACUAACUCUAAAGGGAGAUGAAGAUGGCUGCGGUUGUGUUGUCAAAUCAGUACUCAAGGGAGGCGCUGUUGGACUGGAUGGACGGAUUGGGGUCGGGGAUCAUAUUGUUGCUGUCAAUGAUGAAAGCAUGAUUGGACUCGCAGGGCACAGAGCCAGGUCUGUGCUCAGGAAGCAAUCUUUGUUUAAGGACAUCGUGUUCACAUUCAUUCGCAGCGAGAUGACUCCUGCACGAGCUAUUCAACAGUCCCCCUCGUCCUUCCUUGAGGAUAGUUCAACUUCAUCUGUGCAUUCCUCGUCCCAGUCUCUCGAGGCUGAAGCUGACCGAGAGCAAAAAAGGGAAGAUGCCGAAGAGUACGACAUUCCCGAUACAGUAGAUAACCCGCCUGAACUGCUUCAGUCGGUUAAACCUCCAAUCUAUAAUGAACCUGGAGUCCGCGUGGUCGAACUCACCCGAGAACCUGACAGUGGACUGGGGAUAAGCAUCAUUGGUGGUAAAGCUGGACCACAGGGCCUGGGCCUCAAAGGGAUCUUUAUCAGACACGUACUAGAAUCCAGUCCUGCUGCGCGUUUAGGAACACUGGCGACUGGUGACCAGAUAUUGGAGGUUGAUGGGCACGAUCUACGUGAAGCCUCGCAUGACGAAGCUGUUGAGAUCAUCAAACGGGCCAAGAAUCCGGUGCGGUUUGUGGUCAGAACAGUGCCAACUUCUGAUUUAAUCCCUCCGCCCAAACCACCACGCAUGCCUGAACUCAGCGGUCUUAACAACGCGGAACCUAGUAAUGUGACCGUUACUGGUGCCAGGCCCUCAUCCGAGGCUGCCAAUCUACCAUCGGACGAGUCCUUGAAGAAAGACAUUCCAAUUCCCACCAAAAAUCUGACAGCUGAGGAACCAGCUGCAAGCGUUGUCCAGGCCGAGGGAGUAAAAGCAGAAAUCGAAAGCAAACUGUUGAAUCUGCCGUCCAAGUUUAACAUCAUCAGGAGCAACGAAGAUAGGAAAAGGCAACUGAAGAUCAAGUACCCGGAUGUCACUGGUGAUUUCAUUCUUGUAGAUCUGGUUAAAGGGGGAACUGGACUAGGUCUGAGUAUCGCGGGCGGAAAAGGUGCAGCGGCAAACCGUAUUUUCGUUGUGGACGUCAAACCAGGCGGACCAGCGGAGAGAAAUGGAAAAAUUAAACAAGCUGACGAGAUCCUUGAGGUGAAUGAAGUCUCCAUUCGGGGCCUGACUCAUUACGAGGCUUCUACGAUUCUGAAAAAUACUCCACCGGAAGUUCAUCUCGUAUUAGGCAGGUCCCAAGAGGCAGCUGAUUACCUCAGUCGAUCCAGGACACCGCCGGCUCAGGAAUCCCCUAGAGGCCAACAAUGGCCCGAACAGGAGGUAAAACAACUCAAUGUUCGUUCCAUCGAGUCAUCUCCGUCAACACCGAGGCGAGAGAUCGGAAGUCCCCGGAGAUCAGAGCCUAGUCCGAGUUCCAGUCCACCGCCGGUUCCAGAAGGUAUUACCGUGUCACCGACCCUUUUACAAGAACUGUCAGGGGGUCAGAAAGUAGAGCGAAUUGACUUUGUUAAGAGCCCAACUGGUCUUGGAUUUGCUGUAGUGGAAGGUCCCGGAUUCGGUGGAGGCCAAACAGGGAUUUAUGUGAAGGACAUCACUGAAGGAGGAUCUGCCCAAAAGGACGGGCGAUUGACAAAAGGAGACCAGUUGAUUGCAGUGGAUAAUCAACCGAUUGUAGGACUAACUCAUGCUGAGGCCGUCGCCAUAUUAAAAAGAACCAAAGGAAAGGUGUCUCUUGUGGUUGCCAGGAAACAAGCCCCAUCCGGAAGUCCACCCGCAGCAGCAAGAGCAACUUCCGCCAAUGUGUCACCAAGGAAGGAGACUGGAAGUCCCCGUACUCCAAGGAGAGGCCCCCCCGUCUCUAAGAAACCAGUCAGGGAUUCAAUGCAUGACGGCAGCAAUCCAGGAAGUCCAAGAAAACAAGGGAGCCUUGAAAGAGUGCCAACAGAGAUUGUGCAGACCGGAAGUGACCAGAAUGGUAGUCCUGUAGCAUCAAGAAGGGAGCCUCAGCAAUCCCACGUUUUCGAGCCAGAAGUUCAGGUGGUCCAGCAGUCUCCUAGACAGACAGCAGUAGUUACACCAACGUUAAUCGCGUCUCCAAAUCCCCGCACUGCGCCGAUCAUUCCUGGUCAGGAAUGUGUGAUAGAGAUUCCCAAAGGCAACACAGGCCUUGGCCUCAGUAUCGUUGGUGGCGCCGAUACUCUGUUGGGUGCGAUAGUCAUCCAUGAAGUGUAUGAAGAUGGAGCCGCAGCUAAGGAUGGCCGACUUUGGGCUGGAGAUCAGAUCUUAGAAGUCAAUUAUGUGGAUCUGCGAGAAGCCACACAUGAUAUGGCUAUUACUGCACUAAGGCAAACUCCUGCUGUUGUUCGAUUGGCUGUUCUGAGGGACGAAUCGCAGUUUAAAGAUGAAGAAGCCUUCGAGUACAUCACGCUUGACUUAAACAAAGUUCCCGGUCAGGGACUGGGUUUGAGUAUUGUAGGAAGAAGGAACGAUACAGGAGUAUUUGUUUCGGACGUGGUGAAAGGUGGUAUCGCAGAGGCUGACGGUCGUCUUCAAGCUGGUGACCAGAUCCUCUCGGUCAACGGUGAGGAUCUUAAGAACGCCACUCAAGAUGUUGCUGCGGCUGCGCUCAAGCGUACUUCUGGUCGGGUCAUUCUUGAGGUGGCUCGUCUGAAACACGGCACAAGUUCCCGGCCGUCCUCCAUGAGCAGUUUACCAAACAUGCAGCCUGGGACCGAAUCUCUAAGCAGCAUGGAAAAUAUUGCGGUCUCAAUCCCACUCGAUUUUGAACAACCAGAAGUCGGCCCUUCAUCAGCUUCCGGUCUCCCUCUGGUCAGUCUGUCUCCGAGUUCUUCAAUGGCUCAGGAAGCUGAUGAACUGGUUCAAUCUGACGAGGAAGGAGAGGAAAUGCCACUAGAAGCGAAGAUAAUUGAAUUAGAACGCGGUCCCGAGGGCCUGGGUUUCAGUAUCGUGGGUGGUCAUGGGAGUCCACAUGGUGACCUGCCCAUCUACGUCAAAACUGUCUUCCCGACUGGCGCUGCGGCCAAGGAUGGGCAACUCAAACGCGGUGAUCAGAUUGUUGCUGUGAAUGGAGAGAGUCUCGUAGGAGUGACCCACGAAUCUGCCGUGGCUAUGCUAAAAAGAACCAAGGGAAGAAUUGUUCUCACAGUGCUUUCGUAAAGAGUUAAACUAGAGUUACAAAGUGACCGUCAAAUUUCCUAGUGCAACUUAAAAGAGCUACUUCGAGAAAAAAAAAUACCUUCAACUCGAAAGAAACUUUAAAAAUAGAAAUUCUUUCAGAGAGAAAAAGAAUAUAGUAGUUUGGUGAAAAAGAAAAACACGCGACAGAAAUUAAAAACCAAGAAAGAUCAGGAUGGCCAAAAGUGAAAAAGAUUGACACGGAUUCCAAAUCAUGAACUUGAAGAAUUUAGGCGAAAUUUCGUAAAACAAAGAAAGCGUAACGUAGCUCUGUUAAUGUUUCACGGGUGAUUUCUCCCUUCUUUUUUCGAUGUGGUUAGUAACCACGUUAUUAACUACUUUUUUUCGUUUUAAACCGUAUGUUUGUUAGCUUUCUCUCGACGUUUUCCGUAGUAUUCGUUUUUUCACUAAAGGAUGAAUUACAAGAUUAAUUUUACAUCAACAUAAAGAAGGAAGCUGAAAAGGCAAUGAUUACGCUUAUCAAACAAUCUUCGCAUUGUGUAGCUUUUUAUAAGGAGCUUUUUUUUUUUAUAAGAAUCAUAUCAUACAUCGUUAAUAGAUGAAGACGCACGCCCAUUGACUACGUGUUUCGUCAACUGUGGUUAACUCGGAUGGAUUUUUAUUUCUUCGAGAUGCAACCUUAAUGGGACUUACAUUUUGACGCUUGUUUCUUUUAAAGUGCAAUACUUAUUGCUUGAACAUUUUAUUGAGUGAAAGGGGCAAGUUUCUAAAGAAGUUGUGGCGCUGAUCGGUGGGGUAGUACAAGAAAAUUGGAAAGUAUCAAUUGAGUUGAUAAGGUGAAUUGGACAUUGAAACUCACCUUAUACAACUAAACUGCUUUUGUAAAGUAAGUAUGAGAACCGCAAAAUUGUUUACUGGUUUACCAAGAUAAAGGCUUUUGUAUAGUUUUUACAAUAAAUAGAACGUAACAGAUUUCUAUCCUGUA